AUGGUAGGAACCUCAUAUCGUAAAGCUUAUGCAAUAUUAGUAAUAUUUGCAUUUGUUGUGACUGGAAGUUUAAUAUGGGGCCUGUUAAAUGAUACUGGGAACAGUGAUGAGUUGAUAGAUUACCAGAAUACAAAGGAAGGCGAUUCGGCGGGUUACAAGACACCACUAGAUAAAGAAACAAACAAUGAGGAUAUGCAAGGGCCUGAAGUAAUAAUAGACGAUGAUGCAAUAACAAACGAAGAAGAUUUUGACAGUGCCAACGUCAUUGAAGGCAGCGAGACUGGCGAUGAUGCAUUGGAUAUUAACGAAGACGAAAAUCGACCUACCGACAAAGACAAUACUGAUAAUGACGGAAUUCCAAUGGGGAUAACGGCGGCAUCGAUAUACAAGAAGCCAGCAAACAAGCAGUUCCCUUACACCAUCGUAACAGCAGUCAGUGACAAUCAUUUUUGUCCGUUAACCGCCUGGAUAUACCACAUGUACGAAGUGCGCGUUCGGCUUGAAAAACAUCAGAGGCCGCGACUAUUAAUUUAUGAUCUUGGCCUCCUUCCUUUCCAACAAGACAUUCUCAACAUUCUGCUUAAACGGGGUUAUGUUGACGAAGUACGUGUAUUCGAUUACGGAUCGUAUCCAAGCUAUUUCAAUGUAAAUGUUUCUCGAGGAGAAUAUGCAUGGAAGCCUAUCAUUGUAGCUGAAACAGCAAGAAAUUAUCCUGGGAUUGUAUUCUGGCUCGACUCGGGCACGUUCAUUACGUCAAAAUUUUUGAAUGGGCUGAAGCCAAAAUUAAAUCAACAAAGUGGAUUUUUGUCGCCCAUAUCUCCAGGGUCGCUUAUCAGAUGGACUCAUCCAGGGGUAUUUAAAUACUAUAACUUGAACAAGUCCAAAUAUGCAGGGAUUUCUAAUUGCAACGGUGCGGUUAUUCUCUUUGAUACAAACAUGGUACAAGAUAUCAUCGAUGAAUGGGAGAAAUGUGCGCUUGUAAAGAAUUGUAUUGCUCCACCUGGAAGCAGCCGAGAUAAUCACAGACAAGAUCAGGCUAUAUUGACACUUGUGGCAGCGAAUCACAAGUACUACUGUACGGACAGUAAGAGAACGUUUAGAUUUGCUGUACAUCAGGAUGUACGUUGUUUGACCAAUAUUGAAAAAUUCGAACGUAAACAUCCGUUGACGGAAUGGAAGCCAACCGAAGGGGUUAAAGAGUAUGUAGCAGAUUAUAUCAAAAACUUCUUUGUAUUGCACCCUGAUACAGAACAUUGUUUCAAUCCGUGGACUGACGCCGAGUGUCCAGAUCCAAUAGAAGUGUAA